AUGGGUUUUCGAGGCAUUGGCUUUCUGUUCCAGUGUUACCUGAUGUUGGCAGCAGCCAUGUAUUUUGAUCUCGGAGAACAGGAGGAAAAAUGCAUCAUUGAGGAGAUUCCUGAAGACAUGCUGGUGACCGGGUAUUCCUUGUUGGAGCCUUGGGAUUUGAAGACAUUCACCCACUCCCCUCACUUUGGUGUCCAUGUGACAAUCAGAGACCCAAACCAUGAGGUUCUGAUGUCCAAACGCUAUGGUAAAUUUGGCAAAUUCACCUUCACAGCUCACGCCUCUGGUCAGCACUUCCUGUGUUUCCAAACCAACUCCACAAGAUUUUCAGUCUUUGCUGGAGAAAGACUGAAGCUACAUUUGGACGUUCAGAUGGGAAAGCACACGAUUGACCCCAAAACUGACAAGACUAAGGACAACAUGGAGAGACUGGAGAACAGCCUCAAACACCUCACAGAUCAGAUGAUGUACAUCACCAGGCAGCAGGAGUACCAGAGGGAGAAAGAGGAGGUGUUUCGUCAGAUCAGCGAGGACACCAACAGUAAAGUGUUGUGGUGGGCCUUGGUGCAGACCUCGAUUCUGUUGUCAGUUGGUUUUUGGCAGAUGAAACGACUCAAAGACUUCUUCAUUGCCAAGAAGCUGGUUUGAUAAUGACCUCUGACCUGUCAACACUGUACCUGUUG